AGGCGUCUUGGGUGGGUUGCCCAUGCGUGCAGAGGCGAUGAGGCGGAGGGCUCUGUCUCCCGCAUAGAGAAAGAGCUCAGCAACAAAUCUGUAUGGGGUCGGCAGCUCGAAGACGACUUUUAUGCGUUCGGCCUCUCAAUGCAGGCACUCAAAGAAGCAAAACCAACAGCAGCAGCAUUGCGGGCAACACUGUCGAAAAAGAAACCGAUACAGCCGAUAAAGAAGCAGAGAGGAAUAGUAGCGGGGCGCCCGAAAACAGAAAAACGGACAGCAAUGGAAGAGGAGAGGCAGAGGCGAUUGGAGCAGCAACGACGAGAGACUGAGGAAGCAAAUAAAAAAUUGCUAUUACAAAUCGACGGGAAAGUGUGGGGAAAGCAGUCGCGGUCUAAGUACAAUUUCUCUGUCUUGGCGGAAAGCGGCGAACACAUUAGUUUUCGGGUAACAGGCUUCUUCUUCUGCGAAAAUUCCGGGAUGGAGGAGGCAACAGUACUGGGGCACACAUUCCAGCAGAACAACGCCACGAAGAUCUGGACUGCAGCCACCCCCGUCGUGUGAUGAGUUUGAGGGGUCCCACAGGGCCAGGAGAUAGCAAAAGCACUGCACAUCCAUGAAAGAACUUAAUCGCGAAGCUACACAGAAACACCACGGAUUAAAGCAGUUGAUGAUGAUGAUGAUGACUUUCGACUUUUACAAGAGCAACAAGCUUCAAAUCAAUCUAAAUGCCAAGGCUGAAUGAAAUAGAACGAUGCGUGACGCUACUAGGAAAUUGUGACAAAAGCAACUGUAGCCUCUUUUUUUGUAGGGCCGCAAGAACCCACUACUUGCUUCUAACUAAACGUCGCAACGUCUAGGCUGAAUAUUUAGAUGUGCUUGCGGCCUACGCUCCCAGGUCUUGGAGCUGUAGGAGCAAGUAGUCGAAGUAUUCGCACCGAAGAAAGGCACUACAGAGUGAUACCUACUUAAACUUACCAGCGCGGAGCUAGAAAACAAGCUCGGUGGAGCAGGCCGCGUAUAUUCACCGCUUCUGGGACAGGCGAGGAAAAAAAUUGAGGCCAAGAAUAUGAAGAUUGCAACACGCCGUCGUUGUAUGUCCUCAAGGUAAGCGCAAGCAGGACGGAGUUGCACUGACGGGGAGCGGUAAAAAUAAAGAUAACCGCUGCGCAAUAAACGUAGACAAUUUCUUAUGCCAGGUUCUUCACCCUACUAGACUUACUUGCUGGGCAAGGCCGCACCGCGAAAGCGGAGCUAUUGCGGCCUGGCCAGGGCAACGACUUAUCGGAUAAUUCUUGCGUUGAAGUUGCGGGAGACCAAACAAUAGCACCAGCGCGCGUCGUUUGGAGGCAGCGACGAUUGCGAACCAGAGGUGCACACCUAAGUCUGGAUCUGGUGAGGGGUUGCCCCCCCUCACCACAAACAUAUAAAAAUUAGACGCCUAUAAUGGCGCGUCUUUCAAUUUGCUACAACCGGAGCACUACAACUCCCUUGCCUACCCGUACGCGGACCACCAAAAAGUUCAUCAAAACAGUUAACCAGUAUUCCGAUUUCAUCGACCACACCUCUUUUAUCUGAUCGAAGAACAUGCACGGCAAGACGCAUGCCACGCCAUGCCAUUGCAAUAAAACAAU